ACUGCAUGCACUCAGCAAAGGAAAAAAUAAGCAGGGCAGGAGGAGAAGGCAUCGUCCACCCAGAGGCUACAAAUGAGUUUAUUUGGGUGAUCGUCAAGGAUACGCGCCCGGUGCGUGUGGGAGAUGAGCAGUCCCGAUGCGGGCUACGCCAGUGACGACCCGAGUCAGACCCGCGUCACCAGCUCAGUCAUGAUGCCCGGCGUGAGGCAGUGCGCGUGGGCGGACCCGCUCAGCCCGCUUGCUGACUCCAAACUGAAGAGCGAGACGUGUCCUGCUGCUGUGGGUCCCAGGCGCGGGAAAAGCGAGCCGCGCAUCCGCCGGCCGAUGAACGCGUUCAUGGUGUGGGCAAAAGAUGAGCGCAAGAGGUUGGCGCAGCAAAACCCCGAUCUGCACAACGCGGAGCUCAGCAAAAUGCUCGGUAAGCAAUGGAAAGCUUUACCAAUAGUGGGCAAACGUCCCUUCGUGGAGGAGGCUGAACGUCUGCGAGUGAAACACAUGCAGGACCACCCGAACUACAAGUACCGGCCACGGCGUCGCAAACAGGUGAAGCGAAACAAACGACUGGACCCUGGCUUCCUGCUGCCUGGGGCGGACACGCAGACCCCUUUGGGGAUGGACGGUAUGGGUUAUUCUGGACUGCCUUCGUACUGUGAGGCCCAGGGUUUGUUUGAGCCCUACAGUUUGCCUACACCCGACCCCUCUUCGAUGGAUGCCGGAGCGACCGAAUUCUUCACCCAUCUCCAAGACGAACACCAUCAGUCAGCCUACAGCUAUCAUCAUCAUCACCAAGAGUACCAGCUUCAGGAACACACACACACCAACACUCACCCUCACGUGAGCAGUCGUUCUCAACGCAUCCCUCACUCCAACGUCAACAUCCACACGCAGCACGCCAAUCCCAGCAAUACACAACUAAAUCUGACGCACAAUGCACAACAACUGAGUAAUGCGAGCGCCAACCCGCAGACUACUAGUACUCAUCCUAACUCGGCCUCUCUCUGCCUCUUCAACAGAAAUCUUCCCCCUCCUUCUCAUCAAACCACUGCGUACCUGAGCUGCCCUUCCAGGACAGGUGUCUUUUAUGGUGCCAACUCUCAAUUGAAGUGUUCUUAUGAGGAACUGUCACUUCCUGUCCCGCACAACCCUGCUGAUCCGCACACUCAGGCUCCUGUGGCAACACAGAGUCGAGGCCCUGGAGAAAUGGUGGAUGAGGUGGACAGCAGUGAGUUUGAGCAAUACCUCUCGUAUGGGGUCCCACAUGCACCCUUACAAGGGCCCGACCUAAUCUCAUCUGUACUGUCGGAUGCCAGCACUACCGUCUACUACUGUGGCUACAAUAAUUCCUGAACAUGGUAAUCGAUUACUGUCUACCCUGAACUGUAUGCACCAUCAAAACUCACGGAGCAAAAUUAUUUUACAUUUAAAAGGUUUUCAAUUAUUUGUGUCAUGAAUUCAAAACCUGCCGACCACAUUCACAUUGGUCAAGUGAUAGUUCACCCAAAAAUGUAAAUUCUCUUAUCAAUUAUUCACCCUCAUGCCAUCCCAGAUGUGUGUGACUUUCUUUCAUUUGCAGAACACAACUUGUGAUUUUUAGAAGAAUAUCUCAGCUCUGUAGGUCCUUACAAUGCAAGUGAAUGGGUGCCAAAAUGUUGACGCU